UUAUCCCUGUACUGUAGUCUGCUGUAUGGCAAAAGCUAAGCUAACACAAGUUUUAAGUUCGCAAUCUAAUCAAAGUAAAAAUGUCCUCUUAUAAACUAGAGCAUGAAGUAUUUGUUUCAGGGCAUAAUGGCACUAGUUACACUGAAGUAGCAGCAACUACUGCUAUUUCAUGCAUUGCUUGUUUUACUCGUGAUUUAUUUCUUCUCUCUUCUGCGAGCAAAACCUGGUUGAGGUUGAAACCAAGAAUUUUAUCUGAGUUUCUGAUACUGAUACUUCCUAACAUCUUAAGUGUAACAGUGUUAAGUGAUAACAUUAUUCCUUUUUUUGUUUGUUUAUUGUCAAUAAGUGUUGCCUACUGCAUUUAUUUAAUUAAAUCUCUUAAACAUCAAAAUAUAUCAAAGACACUGUAUUCAGCAAAUUUAGAUGAUAAAAAGGCAUUUAUUACAUACUUUAGAUCAGUCAUAAACAUUUGCACAGCAGUGGCAAUACUAGCUGUAGAUUUCCCAGUUUUUCCUAGGCGGCUAGCUAAAACAGAGAUUUAUGGGUUCGGAGGGAUGGAUAUUGGAGUUGGACUGUAUGUAGUCGCUAAUGCCAUAGUGAGCCCUGAAGCAAAACAGAAACCUGGCUCAUCUGCACCAGUGUUGUCUCAAAUGGGAAAGUCCAUCAUUUCAUCUAUACCUUUGAUAGUGCUAGCUUUUGCAAGACUGAUUGCAGUGAAAGGAGCAGAUUAUCAUGAACAUGUAACAGAGUAUGGGGUCCACUGGAACUUUUUUUUCACCAUUGUUGCUUUGAAAAUUCUGCUCACCCUGAUGUAUUGCAUAAUACCGAUACAACUCUCAACAUACUUUGCUGCGGCAAUCUUACUUGUACAUCAACUGUUUCUUUCAAGAGGUAACUCAGACUACAUAGUAAAUGGUUUGAAUGGAAGAGGAGGAAGAGAGGGACUAGUGGACGCUAACAGAGAAGGCAUCUAUUCAUUGCCAGGAUACAUUGUUAUUUACAUGCUUGGUGUAGGACUUGGAAAGCUUUUGUUCCAAAAGAGAAACAAUUUGAAAGAUUGGCUAGAUGCAGCUAAGCAGAUAGCAGUGCUAUUUCUGUUAUUUUUAACUUGUUUAUUGUUGACACAUCAAGUAGUAGAGCCAGCUUCAAGGCGUUUUGCUAAUGCAGCCUUUGUAUUUUGGGUGAUGAACCUAAGCUGCUUGAUGAUCUUGUUGUGUUUGCUGGGUGAGAUUGCCACCACAUACAUUAAAGCUCUACAGAAACAAAAUACUUCUAAACAAUUGGGAAAAUCUUUGCUCAAGAACUCAUCAGAUCAAGCAAUAUCAAAGAAAGAUCAGCAGAGGUCCCAAAAUGACCCACCUCUGUUCAAUGUGUGUAUGAUGGAGGCAGUGGCAUUCAAUUCUCUCUUGUAUUUCCUGCUUGCAAAUCUCAUGACAGGUGUAGUUAACAUGACAAUCUCAACCCUACACACAUCUGAUAUAUCUGCUGUUGCCAUUCUUGUAGUGUAUAUGUUUGCUUUAUCAGGCAUUAUUGUUUUCUUCAAGUCUAAAAAUAUUUCUACCAAAAUAUGGUAGUUCAAAAACGUACUGCUAAUUGUUGAAAUAUCUAUGCAAUAUUGAAAUACAUGUUACAAACUAAUCAAUAAUCAUUCCUUUUUUAAUAUUGUAUGUUUUGACAUUCAGCAACAUGAUUUCACAGUUAGUAGUGAUUAUAGUAAUGAAUUGUAUCAAUUUAUUGUU